GCGGAACCAGAUUAUGAAGAAUUUUCUUCAUAUCGCAAUUUUUUAAGCUGUUCCAAUGUCAAUGAUUUGCAAUAUGAAGAUCGUUGUGAAUAUGUGCUUGGCACCGCCGAAUGUCUGGACAAGGGAUAUUUUAUCAACUACAUUAAACUUCUGUACUGUUCGUUACAACCAUCAACGGAUUCACAACAGAAUUGGUUUCUCAUUCUGCUGAUGAGUAUGUGUGUAAUAAUGUUCGUGAUUUUGGGAACAACGGCAGAUAAAUUUUUUUGUCCCGCCCUAGAAGUCAUGUCCAAAAUCAUGGGUAUGAGCGAACAUUUGGCCGGUGUAACUCUAUUGGCUUUUGGCAAUGGUUCACCGGAUUUAUUUACCAAUUUGGCCGGAGCCAAGGGAUCAACUUCCACGUUGUUUUCAAAUAUGCUGGGUUCAUCGAUUUAUGUCACGGCAUUUAUUGGCGGUGUCAUAUGUCUGAUACGCUCCUUUCGCAUUGAUGGCAGUAAUAUUUUAAGGGAUACAUCAUUCUUUAUUUUGGGUAUUUUGUACAUUGAUUACGUAAUGAAAGAUGGUUAUGUUACCACAUGGGAAUCGAUUUGUUUAAUUCUUAUUUAUGUUGCCUACCUGAUUGCCAUAAUUUUGGAUCAAUAUCUCUUGAAACGCCAGGUUCUAUCUGAAGCCUAUAAAAGAUAUUCAAAAUUGCGUCAGGAAGCCAAUAUUGAUAUUGUACAUCGACUGUCUCACACUUCUGUGGAUAUUGAAGGAACGAGGCAUGGUUUCGAUUAUACCGCUCAGUCGGACGCCAAUGGAAAUUUAUGGCAACAAUUUAUGAAUUCCUUAAAACCUUUCGAAAUUGAAGAAUGGUGUUCUUCAAAUGGCUGUCAAAAGGCAAUAUUGUGUUUUAAAGUCCCCAUAGUAUGUUCAUUGCAGUUUUUCCUACCCAUAGUCAACUAUGAGGAGGAACGCCAUGGAUGGUCGAAAUUAUUGAAUUGUCUGCAAAUUAUCAUAUCGCCAAUAAUUAUGUUCAUUUUAAUAUGUGGUUCUCCAUGUUGGAAAUUUUGUCUAUAUAGCUUAGCUAUCACAAUACCCCUAAGUGUAUUUUGUUUUAUGCAUACUCGAACAGAUGAACCUCCAAAAUUUCAUGCGCUUUUUGCUCUACUCUCAGCUGUGGGGUCAAUGUGUACCAUCUAUUCUUGUGCUGCUGAAACUGUUGAGAUUUUAUAUGUUUUGGGUUUGAUAUUGGAUUGCAGUAAUUCCUUUUUGGGUUGUACACUCUUGGCCUGGGGUAAUGGUGUGGGCGAUUUGAUAUCAGAUGCCACAUUGGCAUUUCAUGGUUAUCCCAGAAUGGCAUUUGCAGCGUCAAUUGGUGGGCCGUUUUUCAAUACCCUCCUGGGCAUUGGUUGUGUUAUGCUGUUAAAGAAUUUGUAUGGCCAGACGGGUUAUGAACCACUUCCCUCCGGACCUUUGGGUGAGAAUUGUUUUGUUUUCCUAUUGCUGAUACUAUUUGCAACCCUUCUAUGGUCAAUUACCACCAAUUUCCACAUUCGUCGUUGCAUCGGUAUCUUCAAUAUUCUUUUGUAUGGUUUAUUUUUCCUCUACACCGUCUUGGGAGAGUGUGAGGUGAUACAAACUUAUGCCGAAAUAAGUCAAUAUGGCACCGAAUAAUGACCCAGAAAUUGAACUUUGUAUUGAU